AUGGUUACUAUCCCCAUUCAGCCGUUUGUGCACGGCAAGCGCGUGACUGCAGGCUUACCUCUGCUCGGCGAAAAGGGAGACAACAACUCCCCUCGAACACGAGGUUCGUUGACGGUCACAGUGCAAUGGACGCAUUGUGAGGAGGAGGAGGAGAAGGCGUUGAAUGAGACGAAGCUCUGGGCGGUCGGGAGUGGUGGGGGCCGAGCGCUCAUUGCCAAGAAGGCCAGAGAUCGACCCGAGCUACCGGGCGAAGCGGCCAGAGAAGUUGAGCUGCUUCGCCAGCACAUGGAGCAUGUGCUUCAAUUGCUGCUAACGAUGGCGACUGAAGUCCUGGAGCCGAUGUAUCGCCUUCACAGUCGACUAAAAGUUGCACAGACCAGAGGCAAGACCGCAGAAGAAGCGAAAAUGCUUGAGCAACGCUUGGACGCGCUGCUGCACUCGCUGUUGCUACCUCAACUACAAACUGUCCGGGACUUGGUCGCUAGACGAAUGGACGCUCAGCUUCCCGUUGUACUGAAGAAGCUGUUUGGGUCGAUUGAGGAAUAUCUCAGUAGCUUCGACCAGAGCUCCCGACGAGAACUACGGUCGUUGAUGGAGAAGUGUCUGGACGAGUUGAACUCGACCAUGUACUCGCUCAAGCAGGAGCCUGCCAAGAACACAGCAGCUGCGGACGCAACAAAGAUGGCGUUAGAUCAACACCUCCACGUGAGAGCCUGGAAUGAUCAGCUUCGACAGAUACUUGGCACGUUCUUCGUCGGAGAGGAGUCUCAGUGGCAUUUUGCUCUUGAGCAGCGCGUGGACGAUGCUUACUGGAAAUUGACGGAGAAUAAUGGUGGCGCUGUUAGUCGUGGCCAUCGUGGAGAUGAAAAGGCUGCUGAGAGACCGGCCACCGCUGCCGCCGUAGCCAAACGCAAGGAGCGCAUUGAAAGAGCGAAGCAGGAGAAGGCAUGGUACGAGCUGUAG